AUGGGGACACAUCAAAGUACAAACGGUUUUGACGAAGACCUUAAAACUUUUAUCAGGAAAUAUUUUGGUUGCGUGUCUAUUGAAAGAAACAUACUUGACUUGGUGGUUGAGCAUUGCACUGAUUAUUCUACACAAUUGUCGUUUGUGGCAAAUAUUAUUGAUUCUCCGUUGGAAAGCAGAGAGGUUGAGGUAUGCGCUGGCAUGUAUAGUAGCUUGGUGACGUCACUGGAUACCCAAAAUCAGUUUGGUCAUCGGGUAUAUUUCGAUAGGAAUUUUAAAAAGUUUAUAGCUUUGAAAGAAAAGACAAUGCAGCUUUCAAAUGGCACUACUGGGCUGUCUUGCUGGCAGGCUUCAUGUGAUUUAGCCCAUUACCUGUUGGGUGUUGGUGGGUUCCUCUUACAAGAUGAGGAUGUAAUAGAAUUAGGUGCUGGUUGCGGUUUAGUAGGCAUUGCAGUAAAAGCAUCAGGUCGAAGUCGGAGCGUCACUCUUACUGACUGUAACUCUGAGGUUCUACAUAUUCUUACAGAAAACUGUCGUAAUAACUUUCGUGAGGAAGUUGCUGAGAAUCUGUUCGUGGAGCAUUUGGAUUGGAAGGAUUAUGACAGCAAUUCCUUUUCAAAAAAAUACGGGCUGGUUAUCGCAUCUGAUGUUAUGUUUGACAGCGACUUGGCACAACCGCUUGUAUCGGUAAUCUGCGACCUUUUAAAUAAUUCUUCAGAAAAGAAAGCAGAAUGCAUUAUGGCUAAUGUAAAACGGAAUCCAGAAACCUACUGUGCUUUUAUCACGGAAAUUAAUAGGAGACAUCUGAAGAUAUUAGAAACUUUUUCUUUUUGUGACGGAAUUUUUACGUAUGAAGAUGGUCGAUGCCUUAAGGACGACUCACUUUUCGUUUUUUCAUCAAGCAUUAGGUUGCCCACCGUAUUCCAUAGAAUUUGCGCUGUUAAUCGAUAG